CGCCUGCCGUAGCACCGACCUUGAGCUUGCCCCGAACCAACCUUGAAGGUCCAUUUGGCUUGCCAGUGUGUUCCUGCCCAACAGACUGCCGAGCCCGUCCGUCCCUACCCCUCCACGUCCUUCCUGCCGCUCGCCGUUUCUAGCUGGCCCUGCCGUGUGCUGUCCGCUCCCAGCUUAUCUGACCAAUCUUGCUCCUCUCUUUGUCCAGCUCAACAUUCGAUCCAUCUUUUCCUUUCUUUCCACCCUUCUCCUCUUGGUUCGUUCCACUCAAUUAUCCUCAGCUUUCAGCUCUAAUUGCUCGCUCGCUCUACCGCCAAGCUUCAUCAUCAUGGCCACCGAGCAGAGACUGCCCUCGCGUGAGCGUGAGCGGCGCCCGUCCGUGGGUGCCCCGAUUGUCGACAUCAGCGGCUCUGUUGGGCCUGCUGGCAUCUCUCGGCCCAAGCACAAGCGCACUUUCACUGGCUUUGGUGCUGGAGAGAUCAAGAGUGUUGAAGCCUCCAUCCCAGAGCCUCAGCGGGAGGCCUGGACCAAGAACCAAUUUGACGGCUUCAAGAACAAGGACGAGUUCGAAAAGGAAGUGGUCCGCCAUGUCGAGACCACCUUGGCUCGCAGCAUGUUCAACUGCGACGAUGUUGCCGCAUAUUCGGCCACCGCCUUGGCCUUCCGCGAUCGCCUGAUCAAGGACUGGAACAAGACGCAGCAGAGGCAGACAUUCACCGACAGCAAGCGGAUAUACUACCUGUCUCUCGAAUUCCUAAUGGGCCGAGCUCUUGACAAUGCCAUGCUCAACGUGAAGGGCAAGGACAUUGCCAAAAGUGCACUGGAUGAACUGGGUUUCAGAAUCGAAGACAUCAUCGGCCAGGAGAACGACGCUGCCCUCGGUAACGGCGGUCUUGGCCGACUGGCCGCUUGCUUCCUUGACAGCAUGGCCUCGCUCAACUACCCGGCCUGGGGCUAUGGCCUGAGAUACCGCUAUGGAAUUUUCAAGCAAGAAAUCAUUGAUGGCUACCAGGUCGAAGUUCCGGACUAUUGGCUUGACUUCAACCCCUGGGAGUUCCCACGCCACGACGUGACUGUCGACAUCCAAUUCUAUGGUCAUGUUCGCAAGUCACAGGAUGCCAAUGGCAAGACCGUCGCCAAUUGGGAAGGCGGCGAGACCGUGACUGCAGUCGCUUACGAUAUGCCCAUUCCUGGCUAUGACACGCCCUCCACCAACAACCUACGCCUGUGGUCGAGCAAGGCUGCCAGUGGCGAGUUCGACUUUCAAAAGUUCAACAGCGGCGAGUAUGAGAGUUCAGUGGCCGACCAGCAGAGAGCAGAGACAAUCAGCGCCGUCUUGUAUCCAAAUGACAACCUCGACCGUGGCAAGGAAUUGCGUCUCAAGCAGCAAUACUUCUGGGUAGCUGCCUCGCUGUACGACAUUGUUCGUCGCUUCAAAAAGUCGAAGCGUGCCUGGAGAGAGUUCCCCGAUCAAGUCGCUAUCCAGCUCAAUGACACACACCCUACACUCGCCGUUGUCGAGCUACAGCGAAUCCUCAUCGACAAGGAGGGACUUGAGUGGGACGAGGCCUGGGCUAUUGUGACUGCGACUUUUGGCUACACAAACCACACGGUCCUUCCCGAGGCGCUCGAGAAGUGGCCCGUCGGUCUUUUCCAGCACCUUUUGCCACGCCACCUUCAAAUCAUCUACGACAUCAACUUGUUCUUCCUUCAAUCUGUAGAGAAGAGGUUCCCAGAUGAUCGGGAUAUGCUCAGCCGCGUCUCCAUUAUCGAAGAGUCGCAGCCCAAGAUGGUCCGCAUGGCGUAUCUGGCUAUAGUCGGCUCUCACAAGGUCAAUGGAGUUGCCGAGCUACACUCUGACCUCAUCCAGACGACAAUCUUCAAGGACUUUGUCAAGAUCUACGGAGCCGACAAGUUUACCAACGUGACCAACGGAAUCACUCCCAGAAGAUGGUUGCACCAAGCCAACCCCCGACUUUCGGAGUUGAUUGCUAGCAAGACGGGAGGCUACGACUACCUCAAAGAUCUGACGACACUGAACAAGCUGGAGCAGUAUGUGGACGACAAGGCCUUCCGCAAGGAGUGGGCCGAGAUCAAAUAUGCCAACAAGGUACGGCUGGCGAAGUACAUCAAGUCAACCCUGGAUAUUACCGUCAAUCCCGCCGCGCUCUUCGACGUUCAGGUCAAGAGAAUCCAUGAGUACAAGAGACAGCAGCUCAACAUCUUUGGCGUCAUCUACCGCUAUCUUCAGAUCAAGGAGAUGAGCGCCGAGGAGCGCAAGAAGCAGGCUCCCCGUGUCUCCAUCUUUGGUGGCAAAGCUGCCCCUGGCUACUGGAUGGCCAAGCAAAUCAUCCAUCUGAUCAACAACGUUGGUUCCGUUGUCAACAAGGACCCUGAUGUCGGUGAUCUGCUCAAGGUCAUCUUCCUCGAGGACUACAACGUCAGCAAGGCCGAGAUUAUCAUCCCCGCAUCCGACCUCAGCGAGCACAUCUCUACCGCCGGCACUGAAGCAUCGGGCACGAGCAACAUGAAGUUUGUCCUCAACGGAGGUCUCAUUAUUGGCACUUGUGACGGUGCAAAUAUUGAGAUUACCCGUGAGAUUGGCCAGGAGAACAUCUUCCUAUUCGGCACCCUGUCGGAAGAUGUGGAAGACCUUCGUCACAACCACACAUAUGGCAAACAUGCCGUCGAUAGUGGUCUUCAGAAAGUAUUCGACGCCAUCACGAGCGGCAAGUUUGGAGAUGCCAACGACUUUGGUGCUCUCGUGUCUGCCGUCCGCGACCAUGGGGACUACUACCUCGUGUCUGACGAUUUCCAGUCGUACAUUGAUACACAGAAGAUGGUUGACGAGGAGUACAAGAACCAAGAGGAGUGGGUGAGCAAGUGCAUUCGCAGCGUUGCGCGGAUGGGGUUCUUCAGCUCUGACCGCUGCAUCAACGAGUACGCCGAGGAGAUUUGGAACAUUGAGCCGUUGGCCGUCUAGAGAUUACAUCGAUGAUCUCGAUAGAAAGGACAAGAAAGCGGGUGCUCGAGAAGUUAGGACCUCAAGUUUGUGUGCUCCUUCAACCGCCACCAAAGCUCGCUCUCCACAGUUCAUAGUAAUACAAGACAGCAUUACACGUGUAGUACAAUUCAAGUCCAGUCUCGUGAUGCCUGGCGUACCUAUUGUAGUCGGAACUCUGUUCUCAAGGGAGAGGGUGUGCAUCCAGCACGCGCCACGUGGCUCAUGGCUGCACGAACGAGCUAUCGAGAGAUGGCGAUGACGACAACCAUGGGAUUUUGCGUCGAGCGUUGUGUUUGGCGAUGCUCGAUUGACGGGCGCCAGCGGGACCCAAACCAAGAUUUCUCACCACGACUCGCGGCACGGAGCAAGAUGGACCAGUAAGAGCAGCCCA